GCACGCGCGAGCAAUGACGUGGAUUUCCAUCAUUCGAGUUGAGAAAUCUGUGAACGCACUGCGCUCAACUAUUACACAUCACUGCAGUGAGAACGGACUGUUUCUAACCAUCUGCAACAAGCCAGUGAGGAACAACACAUCAACAUGAGUAAAUGCAAAGUUGAGAACCUUAAAGACAAACUUGACGGCAACGAGCUUGAUCUGAGUCUCAGUAACCUCACAGAAGUGCCAGUCAAGGAGAUGGCUGCACUUCCAAAGGCAAUAAUUUUGGAUCUGUCCUGUAAUAACCUCACAAUACUGACUCCAGAAUUCUGCAACUUGACUCACCUCAUCAAAAUUGACCUGAGCAAGAACCAGCUAGUCUGUGUACCGGAAGAAAUCGGAAAACUCCGUAAUCUCCAGCACCUGGAUUUAUACAACAACAAACUUAAAAUUCUUCCUGUUGGCUUUUCACAGCUCAAGAGUCUGAAAUGGCUGGAUCUGAAGGAUAACCCCUUGGAGCCGACCCUGGCCAAAGCUGCUGGGGAUUGCUUGGACGAGAAGCAAUGUAAACAGUGUGCAUCCAGGGUUCUCCAGCACAUGAAGGUUCUGCAGGAAGAAGCCGACAUCGAACGAGAACUUCGGCUUUUGAAAGAGAGGGAACAAGAAAAGAAAAAAGAAAUCAAGCAGAAAGAAAAGGAUGCCAGGGAAAGGGAAGCCCAGAAGAAGAAAAAAGCGGAAGAGAAAGAGAAGAAGAGACAAGAUUAUCAAGCACAGUUGGCUACUCUCGCUGCACAGGAACAACAGAAGAAAAAGAAAGAAGAGAAGAAAAAGAAAGUGGCUCAAAAUCAAGCUAAAAAGACAAAAUCAGAGUCUAUGCCCAAAGCCAAGCGGUCCUUCUGUUCCCUUUUCUUCACUCUCCUCCUAAAAGUCCUCCUCCUGGUCAUUGUGGGAGUGUCAAGCAUCUUGGCAGUUUGUCAAUUGACUGAACUGAGGAAGGAGGCUUUCUGUGUUCCACUUAAUGUGCACUUUGAGGAGACAGUGAGAUGGGCUCAGGGUCUGGAGGUCAUGCAGCAAAUCAUUCAGAAAGUAUCUGAUCUCCGAGCAUAUCGUGUCUGAUACAAGUCAGGAUCUGAGCUGGCAGGCGACGCAUGGGGACCAAGUCACAGACCUGUCAGCAAAAAUUCCUAUGGAAUUGUUUUCUCUUGUGUUGUCUUUUCAAUAAUAAUCCAUGUAAUAACUAUGGACCAGUUUGUGAAUUAAUGUCAUGCAUGUAUGUUUUUUAAACUGCCAAAACAGAACUGAAAAAUGACUUCAUGAUUUUCAGAAACUGUUAAUGAAUAAUAACAUUUGCCACGAUGUUGUAUAAUAAAAGAUUUGAACAUUUUUCAGAAGCUCACAUUUACUGUCGGUGUUAAAAAAAAUUGAUA